AUGUCUACAAUCGACAGGGCGACCACCAAAGUGGCGACCUGGUACGUCCGGCGACCAUGCACUUGCUUUGUCGGAUGCUUGUUCAUGAUGUUCGCACUCUCCGGUCUUUCUGCGGGCUUGGGAUACAUGAACCUGAUGACGAGGGAAGAUACCUGGAUGAUCUUGGACGGAGAGAUGACGCAGCAUUACCGAGCUUAUCGAGCUGCGCGGGAAAGUGUGCUGGAGGAGUUUCAAGCUGACGACGCUGACGAUGACCAGGACUACGAUCAAGAGAGGCUGUUCUUCUUCUACAAGACAGAUGUGGAGGGGACUGGCACCCUCUUUACCCCGGAGCGGCUGGUUAGCAUCUGCGAGAUUGAAAAGACCAUGCUGGCCAACAACUCGUUGGUGAAGGCCGUGCCCACUGGAGAUUCGGUCCUUGGUCUCUUCUAUGGCACUGCUGCCAACCCAGCGAUGCAGUCCGUGCCGGCAGCGCGAACGAUUGCUGGCUAUGACUGGAGCUGCCAGAAGCUUUCCCAGAGUGAUGUGGACAGUGUCGUGGACACUAUGCAUACAGACCUCGCUAGCAAGGGCCCACAGUCGCUCUAUGCUCGGUUUGUCGACCCAAACUUCCGGGAGACGAAGCAGACAGCCUACUCGCGGACCUUCGCAGAGCUCCAGGUGCUCAAGAGCGACGACGAGGUGAAGGUGAUGGAGCCGGCCUUCGAGAAAUUGGGCCUCGCCUACGGGUUCCUCCGCUCCGCCUUCCAGGGCGACGAGGAUCGCUUCGUCCAGUCAGGCGACAUCCGAGUUCGUGUGACGUACACUGGGAUCAACGAGAUCCAAAAGAUGGCCCUUCCCGACUUUGGACUUUCCUUUUUUUCGGUGAUCCUGGUCUUCGGUGUUUCGUGGGUCCACAUGAGGUCCAGCUUCAUGGCAUCAGCCGCACUUCUCAUGAUGAUUCUUACGCUGCCUAUUGCAUCACUCUUCUACCAAGGCGUGUUCCGGAUUGAAUACUUCGAGUUCCUGCACAUCCUCGUUGUUUAUCUGGUCUUGGGUAUCGGAGCGGAUGACGUGUAUGUCUUCAAGGACACCUUCUGCCACGUCAAGAAGGCCGAGUUCCCCUUCGCUCAGCCGGGGCGACUCACAGAAGACCAGGAGAUUCGGGUGCUGUCCUUGACCUUCCAGCGUGCUGGCACAGCCAUCUUCAACACCUCCUUCACCACAGCUUUGGCUUUUGCCUCUUGCUCUGUGUCCAAGGCGAUGCCCAUGCGAACUUGCGGCUGGUAUGCGGCGACAUGCAUCGUCACCUUGUAUGUGCUAACACUGAUAUACUAUCCGCCUGUCGUCAUCCUCUGGCAUCGGCGGCUGCAAUCGAAGCGGUGCUGUUGCCCCGGAUUGACAGAACGGCCAACCGCCGUUGUUCCAGAGGGAAUGUCCAAAGAGAAAAAAAUGGAUCAGGAGGAGUCUUCCGGCCUUGUGGAGAGGUUCUUCGAGAAGCUCUACAUUCCAGUGAUGUCCAAGCAAGUGGGUGGGCUUCGGAUCUAUGCUUUGUUCCUGGCUCUCCUCCUCCUGGCAGUGGCGAUUCAAGGCGUCGCUUUCGCAAUGCAGCUGACCCCUCCACGAUCCGAAGAAGUUUGGUUUCCAGGAAACCACAUGCUGCUCAGCCUCCAGGACUUCAUGACAGACAACUUCUACACUCCGUCCUCAGACAACUAUGCCGUUGUGACGAUCUUCUUGGGCAUCGCAGGCUUGGAUAAGACCGGCAUCCAAGUUUAUGAUCCAGGAGCCUUCACUGGCACUGCCAUCUACGAUGAUGCCUUUGAUCUGAGCACUGCGGAGGCUCAGUCGGCGUUGCUCGGCAUCUGCGACAAAGUGCACAACAUUACCUGCGACCUUCAGGGAUGCGACAACUCCGGCUACGACCAGAAGACCUUCCUCAUGCAAACUUCGGAGAGGACCGAUGCCUGCUUUCUGAAAGACUUUCAGACGUGGCUGAAUGGGCCGCUUCCGACCGGGGCGAACUUCACAGCUCAGCUCAAGAACUUCCGCGACAAUGCUGUUGUAGGCGACUACUACGGGGACGUCAUGAAAAAAGAAGUUGAUUUCAAGGAGGACAUCGGCUUCAUCGGUGGUGAGCUUAAGUAUGUUGCGAUCAAGUUCCGAAGCGUGAUGAAGAAGCGGCUGCCAUUUUCCAUAGGCACAGAAGUACGGGACAUGCUACGUGAGUGGAUGGAUCAGCAAAGAGGACCUCUGCCUUCUAGCCUGCAGAGCAUCAAGUUCCAUGGGAAUGGAGAAUUCCAGAGGUACGACAUGGGAGAGGAACUCAUCAACGGGCUCUUCUCCGGCAUUGCAAUUGCCAUGCCAGUCUCAUUUCUGGUGCUCCUCAGCUCGACGAGAAACAUGGUCGUGGCAAUUUAUGCCGUGCUCACCGUGGGCUCCAUCGUUCUUUGCGUGCUCGGCUUCUGCAAGAGUGCCAUGGACUGGGAUCUGGGCAUAGGCGAAGCCAUCGCGGGUGUCAUCGUCAUCGGAUACUCUGUGGAUUACGUCGUGCAUUUGGCACACAUGUACUGCGAAGCCAAGCACUUUGGCCAUGAGACGCGUGAUGAUCGGGCCAAGUUUGCCAUUCGCAACAUGGGCUCCACCAUUUUUGCAGGUGCGUUGACCACGAUGCUCGCUGGCGCAACGAUGUUCAUGUGCUUCUUCUACUUCUUCAUCAAGAUGGCUUUGCUGAUCUGCGUCACCAUCAUGUACUCAUUCCUCUACUCCCUGAUCUUCUUCAUGGCAGUUCUCUGGCUCGCGGGACCCGAGUACAACUUUGGCUACCUGCGCUUGCCGAAGUGGUGCGCUGGCGGUUCGCACAAGGAUGAUGUGGCGAUCGUCAACAAAGACGUCCAGGAGAGCAACACUGCCGAUGCAGGGAAACCAGCAAAAGCGCAUGAGCUCGACGAGGGGCUGCGGACCAUUCAGGUACCCUGA